GCGGACUUUGGGGCGCAGGUGGUGCGCGUGGACCGGCGCGACUCCCCCGGCGGCGGGAGCCACUUGGCCCGGGGCAAGCGCUCGCUGGUGCUGGACCUGAAGCGGCCGCGGGGAGCGGCCGUGCUGCGGCGCCUGUGCGCCCGGGCGGACGUGGUGCUGGAGCCCUUCCGCCCCGGUGUCAUGGAGAAGCUCCAGCUCGGCCCAGAGAUUCUACAUCAGGAGAAUCCAAAGCUUAUCUAUGCCAGGCUGAGUGGAUUUGGACAGUCAGGAAGAUUCUCCAGGGUAGCUGGCCAUGAUAUCAAUUAUUUGGCUCUCUCAGGUGUUCUAUCAAAAAUUGGCAGAAGUGGUGAGAAUCCAUAUGCCCCGCUGAAUCUCCUGGCAGACUUUGGUGGCGGUGGCCUCAUGUGUGCAUUGGGCAUCGUGAUGGCUCUUUUUGAACGCACACGCUCUGGCAAAGGUCAGGUCAUUGAUGCAAACAUGGUGGAAGGAACAGCAUAUCUAAGUUCUUUUCUGUGGAAAACUCAAAAAUUGGGUCUAUGGGAACAACCUCGAGGACAGAACCUAUUAGACGGCGGAGCACCUUUCUACACUACUUACAGGACGGCGGAUGGGGAGUUCAUGGCUGUGGGAGCCAUAGAACCCCAGUUCUACGAGCUGCUGAUCAAAGGUCUUGGACUAAAGUCUGAUGAACUUCCCCAUCAAAUGAGCAUGACUGACUGGCCAGAAAUGAAGAAGAAAUUUGCAGAUGUAUUUGCAAAGAAGACAAAGGCAGAGUGGUGUCAGAUCUUUGAUGGCACAGAUGCAUGUGUGACCCCAGUGCUGACUUUUGAAGAGGUUGUCCAUCACGCUCAUAACAAAGAACGGGGCUCGUUUAUUACUGAUGAGGAGCAGGGCGUGAGUCCCCGCCCUGCACCUCUGCUAUCGGGCACUCCAGCCAUACCUUCUUCCAAAAGGGAUCCUUUACUAGGAGAACACAGUGAAGAGAUACUUAAGGAAUUUGGGUUCAACCAGGAAGAGAUUGAUCAGCUUUAUUCAGAUAAAAUCAUUGAAAGUAAUAAACUAAAAGCUAAUCUCUAAUUUUCAGGCCCACAGUUCAAGUGAAUUUGAAUAUUGCAUUUACAUAAUAGAAUAAUACAUAAAAUUGUAUGCAUGAAAACAUGGAAGAACAGUAUUGCAGUGGUCCAACUAUUUUAAUCAAGAAACAGCCAGAGACUCUGAUUGCACACUAAUGAUUGAAUUCUGAAAAUGGUUAUCAUCAGGGCUUCUGAUUUAGGAAUUUAGGAUUUUUGUGUACUUGUACUAAAUUGUAGCAGUUUUUCUGCCUUCUAAUUUACUUGAUAGAAUGUUGAUAUCAUGAAUUUGCUGAUAUUAAAAUGCUUAUAUAUGUAUAUUUUAAAUGAAUAUAAUGCAUUUUUAUUAAAUAAAUUUUUUUCUCUUAAAAUGUACAUGUGCUUUUAAGUUUGUGAAAAGCUUUCAAGAACGUCAUUUAAAUACCAUUUCAGUCACAAUUUGUGAUUCAUUGAAAUAUUUUCAGCUCUACUGUUUACUAAAACUAAUGAUCUUAGAUGGAAAAGUCUGACCCUUUUAAUUUGACAAGGAAAUCAUUCAGUCAGUGUCUUUGGAUUGGAAUAUUAGCAAAUAUUCUUGAGGUUUCCUUCCGAUAACUCCCACUGCCCUUCUAGACUGCUCUACUGGGUACCCGACUCCUCCACAUGGCUUCCUGUUAGCAUCACGCAACCUUGCCUCUUUUUCUCAGUAAAUUGCACCAUCAUCCAUUUGAAAGUCCUGCUAGGCACUUCCUCCUCUCUUAUCAGUCUCCUGCUUCCACUCCUGUCAUGUCUCCCUCUGUACCCAGUAGUCCCUUGGCUUACCCCUUUCUUCAUUUAGGCCUUGUCGGGCCUUAAAAACUAACGCCACCUUA